AUGAUGCUCAACCCUAGAUCCUACUUGCACUCGCGCCAACAGCCUGUACCCGGCCUUCCGACUUCCAAACGUGCAAAGGCCUCCUCGUCGGCGUCCUCUUCGACUUCCUCGACGACCUUUUUAUCGAGACGAAGAGAUGAACCAAUCGCUACUUCUCCAAACCAGUCCUCGAAUGCAGUUCUGUCUAGUCGAUCGAGCAGCAACAUGCCGAAGCGCAAGGAGCCUCGCGACCUGAGUCACAGCCCACCAAGUACAAGCACAACCAUGGCCAACGCCGUUGCACGACCAACCACGCCCACCAGCGCUGUCCAAAUUCCUGUAAAAAAUAAACAUGAAGCGUCAUAUAUGCACAAGACUCGACACCAUGCAGAUGGUCACCCACGGAGACAAUCCAGUGGGAGCCACCGCCGCCGGGACAAGCGCUCGUCAGAUGCGCUUCCACCGUCUGUGGCUGCACUGCUUGCCAUUACAAGUAUCCCGCCGCAAGCCAGGCGAGGAAACGGCCGCCAAAGAAUGACGGUCGACUCCAUCGUGCCACGGUCACAAGUCUCUGAGAAGGAUUUAAGUCACGAAUUAAGCCUUGCAUCUUCGCUAGGCCGGAGUCCCAUGGACGUUUUGAUGAGCCCUCCGGAUGAAGUUUUGGAGGAAGACGCUUCCAUCACUAGCGAUAGCUGCUUCACAUCUGCAUUGUCUACUAGGGCGGGUUCUUUAGAGAGUCUUCCGUCACUGGGCGACUCGUUUGGAACUACACUCCCUUCGGUCGACAGCCCAGUGACACCUAGGGGCAGGAGAUUCCGCCAGCCAAGGAGGUCUUUGGAACCAGUGUCUUCGCCUCCUGGUGAAAAGGAAGAGCACCCCCUUUGGGUGAACCCAGAGAUCGACGAGGUGGAAUUUGAGGUCUACACACCAUCCCCUGUCGAGGCGGACAAGCAGCAGGACACGGUCUUCCUGCCGCUCAAGACUGCAUUCAAGUCAAAUUUGACAGCAUCCCUUCGUGCAUUGCGCUCGGCAGCUCGAUCAUUGUCGCAAUUCACUGCAUCUUCGGUCCCCGCUGAAGACUUGCUCACGCGAUCCAUCCUGACCAUGGACCCUCGCGUCCCCUUCACCGACGAACGCCGACCACCUGUAUUGGAAGAGGAACCCAGCGAGGCCAUGCGCCGCUAUCUGAACCCUACGGACAGCGCACGGCUCGACACCCGGGCCACCUCGACCCCUAGUACGCGCAGUUUUACGGCAUCGAUUCAAAUGCAGACUUACAAAGUGCAGAGGUCCAGAAAACCCGUCACUGCUUCCGCAAAUCGUACUAUAGCGCCUCCACCUCCAGCGUCUCCACGAGCAGCGCCUGCUCCUGUCUCCUUUCCGCCAGGACCCAGACAGCGCGAAAUUCGGGAGAACUCUGAUUUUAUUCGCAUUGCAGUCUUGGAGCACCUUAUGCGCAAGCGCGGCAAGUUUGACACGACCCAGGAGGGGCAUGCUCGAUGGUUGCUGCCGCCACGAAAAGCCAACACCAAGCCGUAUGAAAUUGGUUCAGACGGUGUCCCAGCCAGAUGGGUCUCAGUUGGGCAAGACGUUGUGUGA